AUGGCAGCAUUCAUCAAAGUCCUUGGCUUAGUUCUUUCUCUUGCUUUCAUAGCUGAAGGUUUCAGAUGCAAUCCUGGAAUUGUAAUUAGCCAACAAAAACUUAGCGGAACUGUCAACGGACAACAAGUUUGGAAUGCAACUGUGGAAAAUACAUGUGAUUGUGUUCAACUUCAUGUUUCACUAAGCAUUCCCAAUUUCGAUUCUGUUACCAAAGUUAACACUACCGUUAUCUCUAAAUCACAUGACGAUAUCUAUGACGUUAACGGAGGUCUUCCAAUUUACCCACACACUGGUGUCUUCUUUACUUAUGCUGGCCAAAAUCUUAACAUUACAACAAAUGAUCGCACAGAGGCUUGUGAUUGAAAAUAUUAUAUUAUAGAGAAUUUUCCUUGAUUUUUAUACUGUAAAAGAAAGAAUAAUAUUUGUGCUUG